CCCGAUUCUGGCCCAUCCAAACAGGCAAACAGCUCUAGUGACGGUUCGCUGAAAUUAUUAUUAUCGCCGUCCAGUUUAUCGCCGAUGAGUCGGCGACGGCGGAAAGGAGACAAUGGAGAUUGGAGAUGCUAUCCGGCGAGAUUGCCCGGAUCAAGGGCAGCGGGAGGUGGCGCGCUUCGUCACCAGCACCAUGGACAGGGCCACGGCCCUGCUGCAGAGCGGUCUGUCCAGCCGCGAGCCCGAAGACGCCGUGUACGGAGCGGAUUGCUUCCUUGACCGCUACCAGCCAACAAGGUACUUGGGGAGGCUUGAAUUUGUUCCCACAUGUUCCUGUCCAGUUAAGUUGGCCUCUACUGCUAGAUGAUAUCACUAUGACUUUGCUGGUAAGCUUCCUGCAUGUCUCUGCCAAGCUACUCUGCGGUUUGCACUGAUUCAUCCUGCAGGUCUCAGGUCUCUCAACAAUUCUCCACUGAUUCAGACACUUGGUGGUCUAUGGUCAGUCAGUCUUUCUGUGAUACAAAGCAAUCUCCGGCAGUUAACUUUUGCUCUCUAUCAAUUUUGACUUCAUUGGUGAAAGGAAACAUGGAACAGAAGUAUCAUGAAGCUAGCCGACCAAAGAAAAAUACUAGUAUUUGCCAAGACCUUGGGAUAUACAGGCUGAAACAUGUCGCCCUCAAUUGGUACCCCUGAUAGAUGACCACUCCAAGUUGGACAUUACUUUCUCUACUACUGCUAGAGCUCCACUGUAAAAGCUCAAGUUUUGGAAUCUGCAGCUUUCAUUCACACAUAAUUUUCUAAGCUAUUGCCUAGUUCCUAAAUCAUAGUAGUGAUGCUGGAAGCGUUUGCAUUGAGGUUGGCUGCCAUGCUCUUCCACAUGGCCAGGCAAGAAACUGAUAUUCUCUUGGGUGUGCCCAGAGAGAUCAGCAAGCUUCAGAGGAUCUUCAGUGAUCUCAGCAGAAUAUUGGUCGAUGCUGAGAGGAACCACAUCUGCAACGGCAAUGCUACUGUGGGGAAUUGGGUGAGUGAGCUCCGAGACGCCAUGUAUGACAUGGACAACGUCCUUGACAAGUGGCAGAUCCUGCAGUGGGGAAUGGGGCCUUCGACCUCAUCUUUGUUAGAGUGUUGCAAAAUCUCUCUGCUAUUCUGUCGUUGCAACCCUGGCGGUACAUACAAAAUUGGAAGGAAGAUCCAAGCACUUAACAAGAGGCUGGAGGGCAUUUUGCAGAGGAGCAAACACUUUGAUUUCAUCUCGAAGGCGGUAGGCUCAUCCAGGUAUCUCGACCACAAGGCUGUUUAUUACCAUCGAAAAUCUGGAUCAUCGAUCAUCCGCUCUGAUAUUGUUGGAGAGAAGGUUGAGCAAGAUACGAGGAUGCUCAUGAAUUACCUCUCGAGCCAAGUGGAUACUCGUGCCAAAUGUUUGGACAUUUCCACAGUUGUUGUUAGCAUUGCUAUCGUUGGCCCUGGUGGUAUAGGUAAAACCACUCUAGCUCGUAUGAUUUUUAAUGAUAGUGCUAUGGAGGAAAUAUUCGACAAGAGGAUAUGGCUUAGUGUUAACCAGGAUGUGGACGAAACUGAUGUUCUUCAGAGGGUUUUAGCUGCUCUUGAUGGUAACUACAGGGGUUAUGUUGGAGACAAGGACCAACUUGAGCGUGCAGUGAAAUGUGCAGUGAGGCACAAAAAGUUUUUGCUGGUGAUGGAUGAUGUGUGGAGUGAUAGCAUCUGGAAUGAACUUCUUAGGGUCCCACUUAAUGAUGGUGCUCCAGGUAGCCAGGUGUUGGUGACUACGAGAAAUCAUGGAGUUGCAUGUAGGAUGAAAGCACAAUUAUUCCACCAUAUUGACAAGCUAAAUCCUGAAGACUGUUGGUCCUUGCUUAAGAAGGUAGUUUUCAAUGAUGAGGAUAAAUCCGAGUUUGCUGGGUUAGAGGACAUUGGUAUGGCUAUUGUAAAAAGAUGUGAUGGAUUGCCACUUGCAGUAAAGGUUGUUGGAGGACUUCUACUCAGCAGAAGCAGAAGAAGAGGUGUUUGGAUGGAUAUUCUUGACCACUCUGCAUGGUCCUUAAUGAGUGACGAUCUUAAUAAUGCAGUCUUCUUGAGCUAUGAAGAAUUGUCUCCUCCUUUAAAGCAGUGCUUUUUACAAUGUUCGCUAAUUCCUAAGAGUAAAGUAAUUCGGCGUAGAACUAUUGUCCAGAUGUGGAUUGCCGAAGGUUUUGUAAGAGACGACACUGGUUCUCAGCUACCAGAAGAUUUAGGAAUAGAGUACUACAAAGAGUUAAUCUCAAGGAACCUUUUGGAAUAUGAUACUCAAAUCGUGGAUAAGUCAGGAUGGAUCAUGCAUGAUGUUGUUCGCUCCUUUGCACAGUAUGUAAUAAGAGAUGAAGGGUUGCUGGUAAAUGAGGGGAAAAGCAUAAAUGGUUCCGUUGGCAACCUGAAGUUCCGCCGCUUAUCCGUGUCAAAGAAAGAAAUAGACUGUGCAUCUUUACAAAAACAGAAGUCACUGAGAACCUUGAUGCUGUUUGGUACCACCGCAGUUGAGCUAAAGUUUUUACUGAAUAAAUUUUCUUAUUUACGUGUAUUACAUCUGCAAGAUGCAGAUGUUACUGAACUGCCAGAGUCUGUUUGUGACUUGUGUCAUUUGAGAUACUUGGGACUUGAAGGCACAGGCAUAACCACAAUCCCAGGAGGUAUAGGAAAUUUGAAAUUCCUCCAGCAUAUGGCCCUUAAUAGAUGUAAAAAUUUGAUGCAACUACCAGACAGCAUUGUGAAGCUGCAACAUCUGAUGUCACUUGACAUAAGAGGGACUAAGAUAUCCUCAAUAGUUAGGGGUUUCGGGAAUCUACAAAAUUUGGUUCAGUUGUGGGGGUUCCCAACUAACUUACAGGAUAACAUAGAUGACCGGUGUAGCUUGGGAGAAUUGGGGUCUCUGUCAAAACUCAAGUUGCUGAGUAUAGAGGGUUUGGAGAAGGCACUUGCAGGUUCUAUGGUGACUGAAGCUAAGCUAAGCAGUAAAGCCCACCUCACAGAGUUGGAGCUUAGAUGCAGCAGUAUGUUCAAAGAAAACAAUGAGGUGGAAGAUGACCGCAGAGAGUAUCAUACACGAAUUGAAGAGGUGUUUGGUGAUCUAUGCCCUCCACCUCGCAUAGAACAAUUUGUGCUUACUGGCUACUUUGGACAUCAGAUGCCUAAGUGGAUGGCAAGGAUGGAAGCAUUCCAGAACUUAAGGCUGUUGGUGAUACGGGAUUAUCCAUGCUGUAAGCAGCUACCAUCUGGUUUAGGCCAGAUACCCUUCCUUGACUAUAUUCGGAUCCUUCAUGCUCCAUCAAUCGAGUCUAUUGGGCAUCCAUUCCUCCUCCCCACCUUAGGUGGUGAUGCAAUUGGCAUGGAUGAGACAUCAGAGAUAAUAGAAACAAGCACUGGAAUUAGGCAACCUUAUCAUCUUUCUUGCGGUGUUGGUGUUGCAUUUCCCAAGCUGAGGGAACUUGUUUUCGACCAGGUGAUGGAAUGGAGAGAGUGGGAUUGGGACGAGCAAGUCCAAGCAAUGCCUGUUCUUCAGUCACUUAGAAUUGACAGCUGCAAGCUGAGGCGUCUUCCUCCAGGACUUGCAUGCCAGACAAGAUCCCUUAGAAAGUUGUGCCUGGUGAAUAUCCUUCACCUAGUCUCUGUCGAGAAUUUCCCAUCCCUUGUUGAGCUUCAUUUGAGUCAGAACCCAGAACUUCAGAGGGUCACUAACAAUUCAUGCUUGCAAAAGAUUGAAAUUACAUAUUGCCCAGCACUAGCGCUGUUGGAGGAUUUGCCAGCACUACAGAGCAUCACUUGGGAUGACUUGGAUGCUGAAACACUCCCAGAAUACUUGCGGGAAGUGGAGAUAAACAACUUGGACGUAAAAUGCAGCCUAAGAUUGCUCCAAAUGAUAUACUUGCAAGAUGCCACCUCCGAGUGGGGUAAGAUCCAGCAUGUCCAACGACUGAAUGCUCAUGGAGGCAGACAGCCUGAUGGAACAUACAAGCACUAUGUCUUCUAUGCCAAGGCAACAUCCUGCUUUGACACGAACAUCACCAAGACCAGCAGAUUGCAGGAUGCGUAUAAUAAGGAGGUGGCACAGGAAAAGGGGAAUGGAAGAACAUGAGAAAUGCAUGAAUGACUCCAAUGGUGUUUAUUUGUUGUUACUGUUGGUGGCUGGUGGCUGGUGUUGAUUUGGUGUGAGAGAAAAACACUGCUGUUUGAUUGGUUGACAAGCCAAGCGAACAAAGUGAUUUGUUCCGGCGUGUGAGUGUGCAUCUACUGCUAGAAGAUGAGUCAUUGUUCAGCAGAUAUUCCUCCUGCAGGUACCAAGUCUCUGUCAAGAAAACUUACCUCUGGUUCGGGCGCUCAGUUGUCAAGUUCUAGUCUACCGCGUGCUAAAGGAACCAUGGUUCAGAAGCUGUAUGGAGCUAGCUGACCAAGCAAAAAAAUACUACCACUUGCCAAGACCUUGGGAUGUACAGGCCAAAACAUGUCGCCGUCAAAUGGCGCCCUUGGUGAUUACUCCAAGCUGAAGCUGGCCUGGGCAGUGCUUUCUUUACCACGUCCAGGGUUCCACUGUAAUAGCUCAGGUUUUGGGUUCUGCAGAAUCUGCAGCACCCCUCCACACCUGAAGCUGAAGCUGGGCAGAACUGAAUUGCAGCAGUGAUGCUGGAGGCUCUCACGUACGUCAAGGUUGGCUGGUAUGACCUUCCAGAUGGCCAGGUAGGAAGCACAUGUGCUCUCGCAGGUGGUCAGCUCUUCCAGGCACCAUGAUGUUGUUGGGGAGGAGAUUGCACACGAUACAAGGAUGCUCGUUGGCGUUGAUGUUGCUGUCACUGGUGUCGCUGGUAUAGGCCAAACAACUCUAGAUCAGAUGAUUUUUCCAAGUUUCAACGAUAGCCAUUCGAUGAGAUGGACCAUGCGCUGUGCAGAGUGAUAGCCAGUGGCGGAUCUAGAAAAAAUACUAGGAGGGGCUGAUUUACAUCAUCUUCUACCUAUAGCUACUUCUCUCAAGGUUUAAUGGUUACAAGAUUAUAGGAGGGACUUAGGAGCUCCAUGGUUCUAGCACGGGUAGGAGGGGCUUGAGCCCCGGCUGACCCGGUGCUAGAUCCACCCCUGGUGAUAGCUAUCAGGGCAUUUCUGUAGACAAGGACCUGCUUGCUCCAACGCGAAUUGAAGCAAGCAGUGAGUCACGGAUUGAAUUGAACCUGAACUAAAAAAGGCUAAAAAGAUAUC